UUGUCUAUCUACAGGUCAUCGUAUAGCGAGAGACCGUACCGGACUGAUACGCGCACUUCCUGGCCAGCUGUGACCCAACAGCCCUAACAAAAUGCCUUAUCGGACCCUCUUCAGUCAAAGUUCUGGGACACUUAUCAGUCGUGGACGAAACCCGCUAGCAUUCCGACCUAACCGUUAGAUCAUGCUUGAUACAUUGCGCGCAAAUGAUGAGUGAUAAUUUACAAUGGGUGAUCUUUUACCGAGUAUACCGAAGAGUACUUUGGCCAGUGAGGUAGACGGAUACAAUUGGAGCGUGGUGGGACUGGACGCGUAUAAUACAGAUGAAGAGCUGGCAGCGGUCGAACUGUUCAAGGACUACCCGGAAGGUCUGCUGCGUUUCGCAUCAGCGUGCUGUGUGCUGUUUAUGCUUGUUGGAAUCCCCGGAAAUUUAAUCACUAUAGUUGCUCUGGCAAGAUGUAAGAAGGUACGCAACGCGACAGCUGUGUUUAUAAUGAAUUUGUCAUGCUCCGAUUUGCUGUUCUGCUGCUUCAACCUACCGCUCGCUGCUUCCACCUUCUGGCAGCGUUCGUGGGCACACGGCAGGACGCUCUGUAGGAUGUUUCCCCUCGCUAGAUAUGCGCUCGUCGCAGUAUCAUUAUUCACUGUCCUGGCGAUCACUAUCAACAGAUAUGUUAUGAUCUCACAUCCAAGGCUUUACCCUAAACUCUACAAAAAGCAGUAUUUGGCUGUGAUGGUAGCCAGCACGUGGGCUUUCUCUUUUGGAGCUCUUAUUGCGACAUGGCUCGAAAAAUGGGGUCGUUUUGGCCUAGACCCCUCUAUCGGAUCGUGCUCAAUACUUCCUGAUCAGAACCACCGUUCCCCAAAAGAAUUUCUAUUUGUAGGAGCAUUUAUGCUGCCUUGUCUAGCAAUUGUCAUAUGCUACGCUAGAAUAUUUUGUAUAGUAAGAGAAGCUGCUCGGCGUUCACGUGCACCUGGUAGAGGAAGAGCUAGACCAGGUCUGGAAGAUUCAGCUGUUGGAUCAGCUUCGACAGCAUUAGAACGAUCUCCAGGCCCAGAAAACGGGUACAAUUAUGUCGCACCAACUAAAAAAGCUUUACUUGCACCGCCUUCCCUUCAUUAUCCUCCUACUCCAGGACCGGAACGUUCAUCGUCUUCUGGUGUGGAUACAUUAGAUGGUCACGAUGAUGAAUGCGCUCUUGACGCAAAACCGAGAACUCCGAGCGGCGGUGAUACAGCCAAAAGACUUCGUCAAGCAGCAGUAGCGCUGAGGCGAUCACCGGCUCCAGUGAGACCACCCCGAUUAACACCAAAAGAUAGAAAACUUUUAAAGAUGAUAAUGGCAAUAAUGCUCUCAUUCUGGGUAUGCUAUUUGCCAAUAACCCUAACAAAACUCUUUAGGGAGUUCACUUCUCAUCCCGCAGCAAAUAUAGCGGGAUAUAUUUUGAUAUAUUUGACGACAUGCAUCAAUCCCAUAAUUUACGUGGUGAUGUCGAGUGAGUAUCGACAGGCUUAUAAGAAUCUUCUGAUGUGUAGAAGACGAGCGUGACGUUCGUCCGGCGAAGGUGUCUCCGAGAAGCGCCCGCCGUAAUUAUCCGCAAACAAAUACUGUGAAUUCAUUUUAAAGUGGACGUUUCAAUGUUCAAGAGAAGUUACGAUAGUUGAACUUUGAACACUGUUGUUUAAUAAUUAUAUAUUAAUCAUUUAUUGUAUGGUAGUAUAUAUAUGUAUGAUUGUCCAUGUUUUGUACAUACAAUACGUUAUAAUCGCGAGCCGUCCGUGAUUGUGCUAUAUGAAAGAUUUGUAUUGAUGAUAAAGUUUAAUACAAAAUACUUAAUAUAAUAUAUAUAAAUGAAUAAUUAUAAAUGUAAGUUAAAUCUGGCAUAGAGUAAUUUUCUCAUUUGUUCACAACUGAUUUUGUGUUUAAUUAUAACGU